AUGAAUCAACAGAAUACUGCCAGUAUCAGACGUAAAUUAACUGUUGUCGGUGACGGUAGUUGUGGGAAGACAUGUCUAUUAAUAGUCUUUUCCAAAGGUCAAUUCCCUGAAGUUUAUGUCCCAACAGUUUUCGAAAAUUAUGUUGCAGAUGUCGAUAUUGAUGGUCGUCAUGUCGAAUUAGCUCUUUGGGAUACAGCAGGACAAGAAGAUUAUGAUAGAUUAAGACCUCUAUCUUAUCCAGAUUCUAAUGUUAUUUUGAUUUGUUUCUCUGUAGAUAUACCUGAUUCUUUAGAAAAUGUUCAAGAAAAAUGGAUAGCAGAAGUACUACAUUUCUGUCAAGGUGUACCAAUCAUCUUGGCUGGUUGUAAAGUGGAUUUAAGAAAUGAUCCACAAGUUAUUGAAGCAUUAAGAGCAGAAGGUCAACAACCUGUUACUACUGCAGAAGGUCAAGAAGUCGCUGAACAAAUUGGUGCAGCUGGAUAUUAUGAAUGUUCUGCAAAGACAGGUUUCGGUGUCAGAGAAGUCUUUGAAGCUGCAACUAAAGCUGCUCUUGCCGGUAAAACCAAGACAAAUGGUAAAUCAAAGAAAAAUAAAAAGAAGAACAAUGGUGAUAAGAAAAAGAAAAAAUGUGUAUUAUUAUAG